GAACAUGAUUUCUCCUUUCAUUUAUACUGAAACAUGUUCUUUUAUGGCCCUUUUUAAACUCCACCCAGACUUGAAUUACCUCUUGAAUUCUAGUUCAACAGUUCAGCUUUUGAGUAUUGAAUAUGGAGGAUAACCUUCCUCCUGGUUUUAGGUUUCAUCCUACUGAUGAAGAGCUCAUAACUUAUUACCUGAAUAGUAAAGUUUCUGAUGUUCACUUUUCUUCAAGAGCCAUCACUGAUGUUGAUCUCAAUAAAUGUGAACCUUGGGACCUCCCAGCCAAAGCUACUAUGGGGGAGAAAGAGUGGUAUUUCUUUAGCUUGAGAGACAGAAAAUACCCAACUGGUCUUCGAACCAACCGAGCCACAGAAGCAGGCCAUUGGAAAACUACAGGGAAGGACAAAGAGAUAUUCCAUUCAGGAGUGCUAGUGGGGUUGAAGAAAACCCUAGUGUUUUACAAGGGUAGAGCUCCUAAGGGUGAGAAAAGCAAUUGGGUAAUGCAUGAAUAUAGGCUGGAAACCCAGUUUGCAUACAAGGCUACUAAGGAGGAAUGGGUGGUCUGUAGGGUCUUCCAGAAGAGCUCCACAGGGAAAAAACCGCUUUCAGCUUCGACCUCAUAUAAUCCAUCUCUUGAAUCUCCAUGUGAGGCCACUACAGUGGUGAAUGAGCCAGGAGAGGUUGAAUUACUACAGAUGAAUAAUCUAGUGAAUUCUACCAAUGAUGCCAUGAAUAGAUACAGCAAUAGCAGCAACAAUGAUAACUGUGUGGGUACAAACUUGAAUUGGGUUUCUGCAAGAGAAACAACAAGUCAUCCCUUACUGUCUUUGCCUUCAAGCUUGCUUGGCUCAAAUCUUUCAAUGGAUUCAAUGAUAUUGAGGGCACUUCAGCUAGCUAGUUAUCAACCACGAGAAUCUACCAUUGGUGGUUUAAGCUCUCUUAUGGCACAAGGGAAUUCUCGUUUAAUAACUGAUUUGAAUUCGAAACUCGCAGCUUCUUCCUCCAUGACUAUGGAUUCUGUGCAGCAACAGCCAUUCAAUCUGGACUCUCUUUGGUGAAGCUGUUGCAAUUGACUAACAAUUACAACUGUAAAUUUCUUCUUUCUGGUGGAGGAGAUGGUGUCAAGUCCAUAAUCCAAAGCUGGGACAAUCCCUCUGUAUCACUAAAAGAAUGUGGCUAUGUUCAAUACCUCUUGCAUGAGGUUAUGGUCAUUGUUAAAAUGUAGACCAGUUGACUAGGGAAAACUACCCUAUCUGCAUUUUCUGUUUGUGUCAUAUUGCUUUCAUAUUCACUUUUAGUAAAUUGUAAAUCCCAACAGAAGAGAAAUUCUCAGGGGUCCAUACUUCAUUUUCUUUAUGUUAUGAAAACACAAGUAGUGGGCAUUUUCCAUAUCAUAUCUUGGAGGAGCUAGCAAUCAAUGCUAUGACAAGACCAAGAUUCAGAUUCCCUACUGCUGGCAAUGUCGAAGGUGGGGUUGCUUCUAUCUUCGAGUUUAGGUGUUUUAGUGUUUUUUAUUGUGUUGUAGUAGAUCUUUUGUUUCUCUCUUGCUUUUUAAUAAUAUUGA